CACACCCUUUACAGCAUUGUAUAACAUGCAUAAAAACUUGUACCCUUGUACAACAAUAAAUGCAAACACUCUCCUUUUAAAUAACUAAACUUGCUCGGACACCGAAACCCUAGGCGCGUGCGAUCCAAAUGGGGACGGAAGGAUCAACGGUUGUCGUUCCAAGGAGCUUUAGAUUACUAGAAGAGCUCGAAAGAGGAGAAAAAGGAAUCGGUGAUGGAACCGUAAGCUACGGGAUGGACGAUGCUGAUGACGUGUACAUGCAGUCAUGGACCGGGACUAUCAUCGGUCCUUCUAAUACUGUUCAUGAAGGGCGCAUAUAUCAGCUGAAACUAAUUUGUGGCCUCGAGUAUCCUGAGAAACCACCAAGUGUGAAAUUUCAAUCACGCAUAAACAUGACCUGUGUGAAUCCGGAGACUGGUGUGGUUGAACCGUCUAUUUUCCCCAUGCUUGCUGAUUGGAAACGAGAGUAUACAAUGGAGGACAUACUAACACGACUCAAGAAAGAAAUGGCCUCCCCGCAAAACAGAAAACUCACGCAACCUCCUGAAGGAAAUGAUGAGGGGCGGGUGGACCCAAAGGGACUAGUGCUGAGGUGUUGUAUUAUGUAAGUAAAGCAUCUAGGAUGCAAUUAUUAUAACGUAUAUAGUUACCUAAAUUAACUGAAUCCUGCCUGUUAAACACAACUUAUGCUGGUUAAAUAUGAUCAUCAUCAUGGUUAAUGUCCCAAUGUCAAAAGAAUGCAUUGGCUAUUAUUAUUAAGUUUAUAUUUUUACCGGUU